GCUAUGUCAGCCAUAAACAAUCAAGUCCAGGUCCCAUGUAUGCCCGGCAUAAAGAAUGAACCGAGCUCUGUAGAUGAUCUCAUAAAAUAUGAGCUUCAGCAGUCAAACUCGAAACAUGAGCAAGGUGUAAAACUGGAGUUUAAUUCCCAAGAUGUCACUUGUUCAAUUAAGCAGGAUCCUGACAAGAAUUCUGUGAAAGGUGCAAAGACAGAAGAGCACCUUCUGUUUAAGCAAGAAAAAGAUCCUAGUAAUAUAGUCAAACUAGAGCAUGCUACACACAUUGAGCAGUCAGACUGCAAGUGUGAAAGCACUUUGAAACUGGAGUACCACGUUCAAUGUGCCAAUUGUUCAAUUAAAUCUGAGCAAGAUUUUGUACAUAGAAUAAAGACAGAAGAGCAGAUUGUGAUUAAAGAAGAACAAGAAGGUAGUCAAAUGGAGAAGAUUGAGACAGACAGACAUGCAAUAUGGCAGAAUGACAGUAAUGAGAAAUGUCAAGAAAUGAGUGUUCAUAGGUGUAAGGCUCAUGAGGUUAUGGAUAUUAAUGCAGAAAAUCAAGAGAAUCAGACCCACAGUGAUGUGCAACUUCACCCUCACCAGUGCAGUUUGUGUAAAGCUACCUUUAAGUGCUCAAAAAAUUUAAAAAGGCACAUACUGGUCCACAGUGAUGAGAGAUCUCACCAGUGUAGCUUGUGUAAAGCUGCCUUUAAGAGGCCAGGCUGUUUAAAGCAGCACAUGCUUGUCCACAGUGAUGAGAGAUCUUACCAGUGGCAGUGGCAGAUUAUCCACACGAAGGCGGAGGAUUCGGAAGAAGAAUGGGAGAAGGAGGAAAAAGAAUAA